AUGCGGGCCGUCCCCACCGACUAUCCUCGAGGGAGCUGUCAACCAGUCAUCAUAUUGGCUCGAACGCAGAGAGAAGAUCCAGAGUCAACGGUGGUCCAUUUCUCUCGUUUCAUGGAGCUGGAUGCGGACCGUGACGUGAAGAAGCAGGUAAUGGAAGAGAGUGGGCUGAACGAUGAGGACCUGCCUUGGGUCACUAUUGCGGACCCAUAUUUCAUGUGCUGA